AUGGCAAAAGAACCAUGGUAUGUACGAAAUAUGGCACCACAUUUGCUAACUGAAAAACAAACUGCUCAACUUGAUCAACAGGCUGAAGCAUAUGAACGAUCAGUAAGAACGUUGAAUAAUAAAAAUAUUCAGACGGAAGAAAAAUUUUUCACCAAAUCAUCGCUAUCUGAAUCAACUGUUAAGUUACAAAAUAUUGGUACAACCAUGAGCUUUACAGACGAACUUUACACAAAAAAUACUGAAAAAACUGG